GUGCCUAAUGCUUAUCCACACAAUUAACAAGUUCCUGCCUCCUCUAUAACUGCUCUUCGUCAAAAUCGAUGAUCACCUAACCCUAUCCUAUCAUCCACUACUAAUAGUAAUAGUAAUAGUAAUACUAUCUUUCCUUUCCUUACAUCCAAUCCAAUCCAAUCCAACCCUCUUUCUUUCUCUGCUUCUCAUUGUGAAUUUCCUGUCUGAAUUCCGACCGGCCGAACAAUUCUCCGAUCGAUCCGCCAUGGGCAGAGGGUCUUCGCAGUCGCAGAAUCCCACCGCCUCCACCAACCGCCCCGAUCUCAAGGCCCCGCGAGGCUCCGCCGCAGCCUCCGCCGGCAUGCGACGCAGGAGGCUAGGCGCCGGCGCCGGCGCCGGCGGAUCCUCCUCCUCCUCAUCCGCCGCUCUCGGCGGCCCCGGCGCCGGAAAUAUGCUCCGAUUCUACACCGACGACUCGCCGGGGCUGAAGAUCGGGCCCAACGUGGUGCUGAUUAUGAGCAUCUGCUUCAUCACCUUCGUCGCCGCUCUCCACGUCGUCGGCAAGUUCUACCGCGUCCGCCCCGGAUCCUGAUGUCCCCGAUCGGGUCGGGCUAAUCCGGUCGGGUCGGCCACCGCUUUGGAUGUAGAUCUGGAUAGAGCCUCUGUAUCUGCCGCAUCUACUGUUUACUGACUCUUUGCUUUUUUUUUUUUUUUUUUUUUUUUAAUGUAUAUAUUUUUUUAAAUAUUAAUUGAAUCAUGUAUCAGAAAUUUGACUUCUUAUUACUUCGAAAAGUGAAUAGUGAUAUUGAGAGAA